GCGCCCCGAGCAUGGGGGUGGUGGUGGCUGCUGAACAGGAAUCGCCUUGUCUUUCAUCUGACAGGUUGCCUAGAGGUCCCUAUGACUUAGAUCCUAGUUCAGAGAUGGAGGUACCAGGCUCAUCUUCCACCAUCUCUGAGCAGCAGCUGCGGUGGCAAGAGGGACUGAGCAACACCAGAACAGACUCGGCCAAGCAGAGUCUCAUCUCUUCUGAGGAAUGGCUUCAACUGCAUGGGCUUAAGAGCAACAAAUUGACCUUGAAACAGAUCUUGUCGCAGAUUGGAUUUCCACAUUGUGAAGAUUAUGUGACGGCUCUGGGGAGACUUGUGGCUUCCCGGUAUGCAGACAGCCUGUUUCCACGGAUCUACACAACGGAAGAUGGCAGAGCGUACAAUGCUGCUAGGCCUGAAAGCGGCGGAGGCUGCGGCGACCCCGGGCGGAGAUUGACAGCCAAAUCAGAACUGAUCUAUCAGUAUGUGGAACACUUAACACAAGCUGUGGAGAGCUACAAGCAGCGGAUGGACUGGCUCACCAGCAACAGCCGGUAGAUAUUUGGUGUCAUCUUGGAACAGUGCAUCACCAUAGUGCUGGAUUUUGGCGGCAUGCUGGAGGAGGAGCUUAAUCUGUGCCAAGAUGCUCUAAUCAUGGUCCUCCAGGAGCAGGUGGCUCACAUAGCCAAGUUCAAUAUCAUAUGGGUUUCUCAAGAGCCUGUGAAAUGGCAGGAAGGUGCUGUUCCUGUGACGGCACAAUCCAUAGCCGCUGCCAUCAGCUGGGUUGAGGAAUCGCCUUUUGAGCUGGCUCUGAGCCAGACUCGCCGCUUAGACGCUCUGCUGGAGGCGGGGAAAGACGAAUCGCCACAAGAGUGUGUUUUUGUGAGCAGCUCUAAUGGUGGGACUGUUAAGGGUGGUGACAGGCUAGAGAGGAAGUACUCUGGGCACAUGAGGUCCUUAGGCCAGCCUUACUCCCCAGGAGCUGGGGUCAGAGAGGACAUGUUUCUCAUCUGGAGGGAGAUGCAGGAAGCCAGCAGCACGUUGGCCCAGAUCCAGAGUCUGGUGGCUGAGCCUCCCAAUACCGACGUGGCCGCAACAGACCACGGAGCAACCUCUGCCGAAAAUGAGUCAAAUCCAGAGGACGCCUGGGACUCUGAGAAGUGGCUACAGAAAUACGGUUUGAAAUCCCAGAAGCUGUCAUUUUAUGAUGUCAUUGCUGACUGCUCUUUCCGCCAUGCUGAUGGAGUUGUUGAUAUAAAAGCCAAACCAGAGAACAAGUCGGUGCAGACCAGUGCGGAGACCAACAAGAAGACAGUGCAUGCGAAAUACUGCAGCAGAUUUGUCCAUGCUCCCUGGAAGGAUGGGAGCUUGGUCCACGUCUGCAUUACCAAGGAGAAGUACACAUGGUGCAGUGAGAGAAUUCAUGCAGUCCUGGCCCGGAUCCAGAGGAGGAUUAAAUGGCUACAGGAUGGGAGUCAAGUCCUUUUUGGAAAAGUGCCUAGUGAUUGUGUCUACAUUCUCAUUGACACAUCUCACUCAAUGAAGGGGAAACUGGACCUGGUGAAGAACAAGAUCAUCCAGCUCAUACAGGAACAGCUGAAGUAUAAAAGGAAAUUCAAUUUUGUGCAGUUUGAUGCUUAAGCCGUUGCUUGGCGGGAAAAACUUGUUGAAAUUGAUGAGGAUAAUUUGAAAGGGGCCCAGGCCUGGGUUAGAGACAUUAAGAUUGGAAGUUCCACAAACACCUUGAGUGCCCUGCAAAUUGCUUUUGCUGAUAAAGAAACACAAGUAAUCUACCUUUUGACAGAUGGGAGACCUGACCAGCCACCUAAAAUGGUUUUAGAGCAGGCCAAAGGUUUUCAGAAAGUUCCUAUUUACACCAUCUCCUUCUGUUACAAUGAUGAGAUUGCAGAUGGAUUUUUGAAAGAGCUUGCUUCUUGGACUGGAGGAGAGUUCCAUUCUUACAGUUUCGGUUACAAGGAUCCCUGUUCUCCAGAGGCUGUUCAGAAUGAAGAUCUGACUCUUUUAAUUAAGGAAAUGGAGCAGGGACGCAGUGACCUGGAGAAGGUACAAGACCUUUACACGGAGUCCUUGGUCAUGGACUGGUGGUACAACGGAGAAAAAGAUGGAGACAGGCAUCAAAAAGAAAUCUGUUCCAUUGUUUCAACCCCAGAAAAAUGUGCAAAAUCUCACGCUGAUGUCGAAUCAACACGAAUGUCAAAAGUACCAGGCGACCUGUCAAGUCAAAAGAUUCAGAAAAAGAAAGUCCUCCAUGCAGAACCAACCAAAACCAGCCUACUCAGGAGCCAGCUGUCCACCCUCAGGAGCUCAGCUUGCGGUGAGAGGAAGGACGGCCUUUCCAAUUCCAGCAGCUGGAACACUCCAAGUGACAGAGAAAUGGGCAUCCUGCUGACAAAUGAGUUUCCAGAUGACAAGUCAUUAGAAAGACUGACUAGCGAAGGAAGCCUAGUUUAUCACCAAGAUUCUGCAGGAAUGUCUUCAGCAAACUGGCUCAAGAUCCAUGGCUUGGUGGCCAAGAAGCUCACCAUCAUGGAUGCAUCCAUGACCGCCAUCCCUCACAGCCCCACCUACGUCCUCGUUCUGGACAAGCAUGUCGCUUCCAAGGUCUUUGAUAAGGUGUUCCCUCUGGCACAUGUGUGCAAUGACACAAAUAAGAUGACUUUAAUUAACCCCCAAGGAGUGAAGCUUAAUAUCUACAAGCAAAAAGUGGAACAGGCAAUUAAGUCCUACGAAAAGCGCCUGAAUAAAAUUGUUUGGCAAGCAUUAUCUCAAGAGGAAAAGAAAAAGUUAGGUGCAAACAAACCAAUGCGUUACUUAGAAAACAAGGCAGCUUUAAACAAGGCAUUAGAACGGUUGAACUGGCCCAUUUCAUUGAAGGAGCUGUCAGUGCUGGAGAAUGAAAUCCUAGCUGGGAAAAUGUACAUGCAGCAGGCCAUGGAGCUCCAGGAGGCUGCCAGGAAGGAGAAUCAUGUGAGCAGGGCCCUUGAAGAGCAACAGAAAAUUCAAGGAACUUCAACAAAGAAAAACAAAUCCAAAAAAUUGGAUCCACUCAAAGGCCAGAAGGUUAUUGCAAGAUGUGACGAAAAUUGCUUUUAUUUUCCAGGGGUUGUGAAGAAGUGUGUGAGCCCCACCCACGUGCUCGUGGGCUUCAGGUAUGGAAACACCAAGGUCGUGCCCAUCUCGUUCAUCACACCUGUGGGGGGCGCCAUGCCCUGCCCACUGCUCCAGGUUGGAGAUUAUGUGUUUGCCAAAAUUGUGAUACCCCGAAGAUUUGACUUCUAUGUCCCCGCCAUUGUCAUAGCAGUUCCAAAUCCAGAUGUGGCUGAAGAUAAAGUCUACACAGUUUUAAAAUGUAACAACCGGAGAGAAUUUUGCCCUCGGAGUGCACUUAUUAAGAUCAGCCAAAGGAAACAUGCUCUCUCUUGUGCUCAUAUUAAGUCUCCCCCAAUUCAGGAGGAUUCAAAAGUGGAAGACAUGGAGAUAAAGAACUCUACUGUCCUAAUACGGCCAAUCAAAGUUAACACUGGGGAUUUACAAGCACUAAGACAGGAGAACCCUAGAAGGAAGAAAAAGAAAGCCACCAAGAGGCUACCUCUCCAGGAGAUGGUCUCCUCGGACUCAGAUGACUCUUCCCAUGGAAACAGGUCCCGAGAGUCCUACCCCAAAACACACCCCAAGCCCAGGCUGGGAGAGGGACAACAUCAUUUCUCUCAGGAACACCCUGAAACAUCUCUCAAGGAUAGUGCACGUAAGAUCACUCCCCAGUUUCCGGGCCAGUUUAGGCCCCAGGACAGCAAAAACUCUAACACCCUUAAGUAA